AUGGCCGGUGCCUUGUAUAACCUUUUCUUAGCUAUGUAUUUCCUAUUGGCCUCUUCUAUUAUCCAAUCUCUGCAGCUUCGAAUGAUCCAUAGAGACUCAAUCCUCUCUCCGCUCUAUCCGGGAAACCUUACCGCCGAAGAGCACAUGGAUCGCCUAUAUAACUACACAAUUCUUCGAGCCGAAACGAUUGAGUCGAGAAUGUCGUCCCCCGUGAUCAACUACAACGCAACGCGCAUCCAACCUCGCCUGCAUGUUAGCUUCUUCCUUUACGUUCUGGAGCUUGCGAUAGGCACACCGUGGCGUGCGCAAGCGCCCCGCCAACCCCGGUACUUGAUGAUGGACACUGCUAGCAGCCUCAUGUGGCUACAAUGUCUACCAUGCGCCCGUUGCUGGAGCCCUCCUCACUUGGUUUUCGACCGGCGAAGGUCACGAAGUUUUGCCCCGAUUCCGUGCAACCAUCCGUUAUGCGACUUGAGAAAUCCAGAAGUGUUCCGAUGCGUUAAUCGCCAGUGCCACUACACUUACAGGUACGCAGAUCCGGCAUUAACGAGGGGAAUUCUCGCGACGGAAACACUCUCCUUAGGUUCUGACCGCGGCGGUUUCAAACUUGUGCAUAACUUCAUCUUCGGCUGUAGCCAUGACAACCGAAACUUCAACAAUUUAGGCACCCAGGUGCAGGGCAUUGCCGGAUUUAACAGAAGGAGCGCUUCGUUUUUGGGCCAAAUGAAUCAGUUAGCACAAGCCCAUGGUAAGUUUGCAUACUGUCUCCAGAGAGAAAUCAACCGCCCGAGUGUUUUGAAAUUUGGUGAGCACGCCGAAUUGCGCGGGCCUAACGUUAAAACUGUGCCGAUUUUACAUCUCCAUAACGAGAUUGAUUAUUUUGUAAGCCUCGUGGACGUGAGUGUCGCAAACCAUCGUAUUGGGUUCCCGCCAGGUACCUUUAGGGAGCGGAUAGAGCAUGGUGUAAUAAAAGGCGGUUUCGUCAUAGAUUCCGGUGCGGCGGCUGCGAAUUUCAAUGGCGGUGGACCUUAUGAGCGUGUCAAGAAUACCUUCGAAGAGUAUUUUCAGCGAUUCGGACUAGCUCACCAUCACCAUCACAGAUUUGAGGUGUGUUAUAACAUUCCGCAUGGAGGGUUUACUGCGUAUCCCAGUAUGACGUUUCACUUUGAGAACGGUAACGACUUCGUGGCGCCGCCGGAAAAUGUGGUUGUCUUUGUAGAACAGAAUUAUUUUUGUGUCAUGAUAGUAAAAUCCAAUGUAGUUAAUACCUUAGGAGCUCAUCUACAACGAAAUUAUCGGAUGUCUUUCGAUAUUCAGAGAGAGACUUUCUCGUAUAUUCCUGCAGAUUGUGGUAGAGAUGCCUAA